UGGAAAUGUAACCCUGUCUUUGAUUUUGGAGCAGAAGAGGCCGUAACUUGUUUGUUGGGAACUUGACCUAUCCAAGAGACGAAUAUCAACCAAACCCAUUUUUUCAUUUUUAGGAAUAUAAGGAAUCCCCUUCUUCCCCGUUGCGCUUAUGGUUUUGUGAGCAACCCUAAUCCACCCCAACCCAACCCUAUUGAAUUGAAUUGGGGGAAGAAGAACAUAGAAAGAAGAAGAAAAAUCUGCACAAUUGUUGUAAUUGAACGAUGUCUGCUGCGGUGUGCGGAAGCAAGAGAUCUUUGUUCGAAGAGCUUCCCCCUUCCCCGCCAGUAUCCAAGAGGCUCCGCUGUUCCUCCUCCCCUAUUCGCCUCUCUCUCCCUUCUCUCAUCGACCACCUUCGCCCUCUCUUCCCUCAUAUGGAUGACCAGGUCCUCGAGAGAGCGCUCCAAGAAUGUGGCAACGACCUAGAUGCGGCCAUCAAGAGCCUCCACGGCCUCUGUUUGGGAUCUGCUGAUGAUAAUUCUCAACCUGCUCCACAACCUGACCACCCUAACCUCGUCGUCGACACAGGUGCGUUGGAAGAGAAUGGGGAUGCUUCUGCUUCUGGGGAUCAGCCCGCUGCUGCCAAUUUUCCUGCCGGUGGAGCAGAAUGGAUUGACUUAUUUGUUAGAGAGAUGACGUGUGCUACUAGUGUUGAUGAUGCCAGGUCCCGUGCUGCUAGAUUGCUGGAGGUUCUAGAGAAAUCAAUUACUGCACAUGCGAGUUCUGGGGUGACAACGGCUCUUCAAAGGGAAAAUUUGAUGCUGAAGGAGCAUAUUGAAGCUUUGACUAAGGAGAAAAAUUGUUUUAAAAGUGCUUUUAGAAUCCAGCUUGAACGCCUUUCUGAUUAUGAGAAUAGAAACCAAGAGUUGCAGCAAUUGAAGCAGUUGGUAUCUCAAUAUCAGGAGCAGAUCAGAACUCUUGAGGUGAAUAACUAUGCUUUGCGAAUGCAUUUGAAUCAGGCACAACAAUACAGCCCCUUUCCUGGGUGUUUCCCUCCUGAUGCCUUCUAGGGCGAUCAGUAUGUAGGAUAUCAUAAUUGAGGCAGUAAAAUAGCUGCAUCUGGUUAAUAUCCCAAAGAAAAAAAAUGCGUAUUGUUAAAUUGUUGCAGUUUGUGAAGCUCCUGUAGGUCAAGGAAUAGUAACUGUUUCCAGUUCAGGGGCGAUUCGGAUAGAGUUUGAUAUUAUAGAUGAAAUUAUUCGUCAGUUUAUUCAAUUGUUUAUUCCCCAUUUUAGCAUUGAGAUUUGAGUGUACUGUAAUUACUAAGGAUGUUCAAGAUCACUUUGAUGUACCAUCACAGCAGACUACUACAAAUUAUAUUUUAUUUCCCAGUCUUGACUAUUUUCGAUUAUCACAAUGGCAGUGAUUGUUCUAUGCUAAUAUUUGAUUAAGAAAUGGUUGAGUUUGA